CCCACCUUCUAAUUAUCCUAUACGCUCACCGCCCUACUGGAUCAUCCAUAUAAAUAGACGCAUCGCGCCUGUCAUUCUCGCAACAGCAAACCAGAAAGAGUUUCCAAGCCGACGCCUCUCUAGAAUUAUGGGAUUUUCUUCACAGCCUUUCCCUGUUUCCCUGUCUUUGAAAAACCAGCUUCGAGAAGCUAAUCUAGAAGACAGAAACUCAUCAUAUGGGCAUCUGUGGAGAAAAGCUUUGGCCCGCCGAGGCUUGAAGCAGAAGGCGAGGAGCGGAACGCCGAGGAAUGUUUUAAUGAAGAGGAGGACUCGCGUGAUAGAAGGUUCUAGAAGACGAGGAGCCAUGGGGAUUAAGACCAGGAUCAGAACUCUGAAGAGGCUUAUACCCAACAGCAACAGCGAGUCCACGGGGUUGGACGAGCUCUUCAGGGAGUCGGCCGAUUACAUUUUGACGUUGCAAAUGAGAGUGAGAGUCAUGCAGGUUAUGGUUGACGUAUUGACAGGUUGUGAUGAGUGAAUCUGAGUCAUCUGUAAAGGCUGAAUAGGUUUUGUUUUUUCCCCCUCGUGAUUUUUAGGAGUGUGUAGAAGAAAACGAUCGUUAUGUUUAAUUUCGCCUCCCAUUGCCUUGAUACUUGGAACAGCUUGGGGACCAUUAAUUUCAACAAGUCAAUGUGUGAAAACAUGAAACCAAUACCGGUUUAUUACAAUUCCUUCUGUAAUUCAUAUAUCACUGUCACUAUUAGUUGUAUUUUCGUUGGGAUUGAGCUUGAAGCUAGCUUCUUUGACAUACUUGGAGAUGCUUCUGGGACAAGUGUCAGGGAAAAUAGAUCAUAGUCAUGAAUAUAAUUAAUACGCUGCGUCUUUUAUUCGAGAGGCAGUAUAUCAAUUGACACUACAAUUUC